GAGGAGAGGUGGGUGUGGGAGUCAGUGUGUCGGCAGCAUCAGCACAGGGAGGCUGCCAAUCUCUCUCUCUCUCUCUCUCUCCACUCCUUCCUCAUAGCGUCGCGCUUCGCACCUCCAGCGACUUACGCGACUCGACAAAGCGACUUUCCACAGGAAGAAGAACGAUACACAAUAUUUCCAAUGGAUCCAUGUUGUAAAUUAUAGAAAAACUAGAAAAUUGGCAUUAAUAUUAAUAAUAAUACCAUGGUUCCUUUAACCUGAUGGAAGAGAGAAAAGUAAAUCAAAAGCAGUGUUUCCCGCCCCCCCCAAAAAAACAAUAGUGAAGUUAGUAUAACAAUAAAAGUGUUUAAAGGUUAUUUUUCAUCUUGAACCUGACAGAAAUUCAAUAUACCACUUCAUGUUACUUUCCUUUUGUCAUUAACAAAUAUUGUCAUUAAUUCAGAUACAUAAAAAAUCUAUUAAUCGACAUUUUAUUUAUAGUUAUGAAAUCCAUUUUCUUAUAAUGGAUUUAAAUGCCGUCAAAUGUGUCUCUGUAAAAUGUACGAAAACAACAUGACAUAACAGGUGUUCGAAAGUGACCAGAUGCUCUUGAAACAAAACGGGUGUUCGAAAAAUGACUAGAUGCUCGUGAAACAAAACGGAUGUUCGAAAGUUUCCAGAUGUCGUUGAGACCGUACAGGUGCCAGGGGCGACAAUGUACUAGGAGCGUGUGAAACACACAUCGCAUCAGUAUGGCGGAGUUGAGCCAGUGUGUUGGGUGGUGGUGGUGUCGGCGCAGCAGGUGAUGGUGAGGAGGUAUGGUGAGGGGCGAUGGUGAGCCAGAGGUGUUACCAGGCCCCUACGGAGUCGUGAUGUAAACCACCACACUCCCACCACACAACACAUUACCACACCGACGCCAUGGAUGGAGAGAACAGAAUUAUCCUCAAUGUGGGAGGCAUUAGGUUCGAGACUUAUAAGGCGACCCUGAAGAAGAUUCCGGCCACCCGACUUUCGAGACUGACGGAGGCGCUGGCCAACUACGACCCCGUCCUGAACGAGUACUUCUUCGACAGACAUCCAGGGGUGUUCGCUCAGAUCCUCAACUAUUACAGGACAGGCAAACUCCACUACCCAACCAACGUGUGUGGACCGCUGUUUGAAGAGGAACUCGAGUUCUGGGGUCUGGAUUCAAACCAGGUGGAACCCUGCUGCUGGAUGACCUACACAAUUCACCGUGACACCCAAGCCACGUUAGCUAUCUUGGACAAGCUAGACGUGGAUACAGACAAGCCGUCGGAGGAGGAAAUCGCCAGAAAGUUUGGCUACGAAGAGAGUUACUUGAACGGGCGUGUUACCUGGUGGCAGAGAACGAGGCCUAAGAUCUGGUCCCUUUUUGACGAACCCUACUCUUCUUGGAUGGCCAAGGUGAUCGCCAUGUUGUCUGUGUUCUUCAUAGUGGUGUCGAUCCUCUCCUUCUGCCUCAAGACCCACCCCAACAUGCGAGUUCCCGUUAUCGUUAACGUUACCGUUAGCGGACUCUCCAAGAACGGCACCAACGUCACCUACUGGUACCUCAACAAGGACAGGACGGACCCCCACGAUGCCUUCUUCUACGUGGAAGCGGCCUGCAAUGCCUGGUUUACCUUCGAGAUCCUGAUGAGAUUCACCGUCACCCCAAUGAAGUUGGAGUUCGUCAAGAACACCAUCAACAUCAUCGACUUCGUAGCUACUCUCAGUUUCUACAUGGACAUCAUACUCAAUCAGACACAGUUUGCUGGAAAAGACGACAACGCGGGGAAGGCGGCGGAGGUGAUCGAGUUCUUCAGCAUCAUCAGGAUCCUUCGGCUGUUUAAGCUGACUCGCCACUCCGGCGGCUUGAAGAUCCUCAUUCAUACCUUUAAGGCCUCGGCCAAAGAGCUCACCCUGCUGGUCUUCUUCCUGGUGUUAGGUAUCGUCAUCUUCGCCAGCCUCGUCUAUUACGCCGAAAGGCUGCAGGCCAACCCUCACAACGACUUCAAAAGCAUCCCAGAGGGCCUGUGGUGGGCGAUAGUCACUAUGACGACAGUUGGGUACGGGGACAUGGUGCCCAAGACAUACGUUGGCAUGUUCGUAGGUGCCCUGUGUGCUCUGGCUGGUGUGUUAACCAUCUCUCUACCUGUGCCUGUCAUAGUCUCCAACUUCUCUAUGUUCUACAGUCAUACGCAGGCGAGGUCAAAGUUGCCGAAGAAGAGACGACGAGUGUUACCAGUGGAGCAGCCGAGGCGAGCGUGCAGACAGCCCAGGCCUGACGGCGGCCUCAACAGGCGAAUGAACGCCAUCAAACAUCACCACCAGACGCUGAUGAAGGAUGGCAUUACUCCCAAGCUUACCGGAGCCAUGGAUAACCUCCUAGCAGGCACGCUGAAUGGGUAUGGACAGGUGGGUGGGCUAAAGGGCCUCAGCCUGUACACUACAGGCCAGAGUGGGGUCACUUUGCCGCUGCAGGCCAGACCACCUACAGGCUAUGACAUAUAUCCCAUCCAAGCCUACCAGCCACCUCUACAGGCCCGUGCACCUACAGGAUGCGAGUCCUACUACAGCAGCUCUCCUACGCCACUUCACCCACCAGCUCUGGACCCGGCUGUCGUCACCUCCUCCUUGUUCAAGAGUCCACGUCGACAGGGAGAAUCCAUGGUUCACUUGCAGCCCCGUUCGGCGACCUUCAGCUCGGGAAGUUCCAUCCUGGCCCGAAGAACUUCCUCCGGCUCGGCACUAGCUGGUCGGGGAAUGGCUUCUCUUUGCGAGUCUCUGGCGUCCCCGGGGGCCUACAUAGCGUCCACGCUGGGUAUCAUGGCCUCAUCCAGCUCUGAUCCGUCCGUCGCUAAUACCGAUUUCGACAGCAAGAAGGAGGCUAAAGUUCCACCCAACAGCCUACUCUUCGAUACGCAGACGGCGCUCGGAGUUGUGGGUAUGAUGUUUCCAAAGCUUCCCCCGCCCUAUGUGAGGUCGUCUGAAGCCAUAGUAUCGACAAACAACAUGAAGAACAACAAUAAUAACAGUGGAGGUCUCCAAGCAGCUGACGAGGAGGAAGAGACAAAUUCCAACAAGUUUACAGGAGACGGUGAAGGCAGACACCCGCCGCCGCCGCCUAUACACAUUGAGAACGUCGACUCUCCCACCACCGACACUGUGCCAACACAGCAAAUUACUCUCGUUGUUCCACGCAUGUCCUCCGUUGCAUCAUUCCCCAACAUUCACAUUCCGUGAGACAAAAUCAACGACUGCCAACUGAAGGUCGUCCAGUCUGGUCAGUGUCGUGGAAAAGAUGACCCUGCAACAGGAGUUCCUCGUUUCGCCCCACCGUGGGUCGUCCAGUUUGGCUAAAGCCAAGUAUGAAAUGACGAAUCCAGAGUCGUCCACUUUGCAUACAUGGUCAUCUUGUAUGAUCAAAGACAUGAGACAGAAGACGAUUUGACUUCCUUUAUGUCAUGCCUCACCCAGUGGAUCGUCUAGAAUGGACAAAGUCGAGUCUCAGAAGAUGACUUUAUUUCAGUAACCCCUUGCCUCGCCAACUGGGUAGCCUCCACCGUCCUUCAAACAGUUCAUACAUAGCCCGAGGGGAGAACCAUAGUGGAUUUUGCGGGCUGUGCUUGGCUGUUCCCCGUGCGCAUGCCUCGAGGUGCUUCGACAUAUUAGAAAAUUCGCAUACUUGUCUUGAAGCGCGUAGCUUGGCCAGAUAGAUGUCGAGUGCGCUUCCAAGACUUUAGAAUACAUAUUUCUCGAAUGCAUUUUGUCGCAUUCGCGAUUUGGUCUAAGAGUUCACCAAUCAGACAGCAGAACUGCAGACAAUGACAUAAAAUUUGUGACCCUUUCAGUGAGAAAAUGCGAGAGAACUUAGCAGAAUUUACCCUGUGCAUAAUAUGACUCACAGAUUUAAUAGGCAAUCCAACAUUAAAAUAAAUUAACUAGAUUUCAUUGAAGCCAAUUUGCUCAAUAUAAAUCCUGGAAGGGGUUCUUCAAAGCUUCGGAAAGAAAAAGAGAGAAAACGGAUUUUGCUUAUAGGAAUACAUGCACUUGACAGUCAAGGACCUUAAGUGUCGUCCUCCCGCCUAUGACUGUGCCUUGCAGUGAUGUAGUUAGUUUCAUGUGUCUCCUUGAACCACGGGCGACACCAGGGAGAGACAGCCGUGUGCUCGAAGAGAGAUAGGGUAAUUUGGAAACUUGCUCUUGGACAAAUAAGAGAGUCUAUAAAUAAUUUGCAUUUUGGUACAGAUCAAAGCAUAGCCAAAUGUGUGGUUCGGAAAGUGAAUAGUUAGCACGUGAAGCUCAUUUAAGCCUUGGCCAGUGAGAUAAUGAAAUGCAUAUAUUGAGAUGGUAACCAAAAGAAAUGCCUUGAGUUUCUUAAAUAAAUAAGACCUUGUAAUCAUAUACUGUACGUUUAAAUUUUAUAAGAAUGUGUAAGGCGGUGUGACGCGAUCGUGCACUCAAGAUUUGCUAACGUAAGUAAGUUCGAAUAAUGGAAAUAGAUUCAAUAAUAUCGGUGCUUUGAAAGAGUUUUUAAGUUGUUGUUUGAGUAGAUCCGACAUUCUUUCUCUGUACUAACCACAUCUAAGACACUAGUCUGGACUCUUUCUGAGAUAACCAUAUGAGAAAUCUAUAAAAUGCUUUGAGCUUAAGAAAAGUAAUAUUUUGAUACAGAUUUUCUCACGUGAAUAAACCAGAGUAACGAAAUCAGGGAAUACGGUAAAAUGUAAAAGUGAAAUGAUUGGAAAAGUGAAGGAGAGAUAGCUGGAUGGAAACAAAGUAUUAGAAUUAGAAGAAAAAAGAAAUACACGCAAAGAAAUUUAGUUUUUUUAUCUUUCUGCAUAUAGUGAGUGAUAAAAACCAGUGAAAGUAAUUGGAAAAUUAAUGAAACUUUGUGAAAUCUAAUGAAAGCCAGUGGAAGCCAGUGAAAUUAUCGUGAUUAUCGUCUCCACCAAUCACAAGCUUGUGUAGGAGACACCAGUAUUACAAUGCUUAGAACAGAAGUAUAAAAAAAAAAUUGAACAUUUUGGAAGAUUUUUUCAUUUUGCGUGAAUGGAUCACGAAUACACGGGCUAGCCACGACCAGAGAAGUUGCCUGAUUGAGGGGCGAGCUCGUACUGGCCCCACUGAGUGAGUUCCAUGUCAAGAGUGCAUUUCGGAGUCUAUCAGAUGUAAUGGGUGUCCAUUCUUGUGUAGUUGGAAACUGAGCAACUGCCCUUUAAAUUUCGCUAACGCCUUUGCAAUAAUAAUCUGACCAUCAAUUAUAGUAAAUUUAUACAAAAUUAAUUCAGUGUUAAUAGAAAUUAUAAUAUAUGUGAAUAUUAUUCGGUAGCAACAAUGAAAAUUGUUAAUAUAUAAAAAAUUGCACUCAAAAUUAAUCCACUACCUCCAAAAGGUCUUCAGUUCUUCGUUCUUUAUCGCAGAUUAUUGUAAUUUACUAAAGAAUGCUCCACAUUCUCGCGGAUAGCUCCAUUUUCACUGAUUAUCUAAUGCUGCUCAGCAAAUUUGAAGGUUAUAUGUAAAUUUUGUCUUAAAUGCAGAACACCUGUUGAAUUGCAGGAGUGCAGUCAUUUGCAUAUUCACUGACGUGCAAUUAAUUUGAGGUUGAAUGGGGGGGGGAGGGGUUGUGGGAGAGGAAUGGGGUGCAUUGCAACUCGGAAACUCUUGGCAUUUAAGAUGCAUUUUUAGCAAUAUUCUGGCGACACCGGAUUGAACGCUUUAGCUCCCGUGGAGGUGAUCUGAUAGAAGUACUUGGUUACCUUCUGUGAAGUGUUUAGAAAUCUUUUCUACGUAAUCUAUAUAAUCGUCGGGAGCACAGUCAUGGCGUCUAUGACUCAUGCCAAUCGUGUUGAACUCAAAUCAAAUAACCACGGGAAGAAAGAUAUAUAUAUUCUAUAUUUUCUAGCUCGUAAAUGCUACGCUGAAUUCAAUAUAUUUCUCAGAGACGAUUUAGCUGUGAAUAUGCUUCGUAUAUCCGUAAAGUAUAUCUCUGGAAAACAUAUUCAAGAGAUAUACCAUACAUCGAUCCAUUUAUUUGAUACAUUGUAAAAUAGUGGUGAAUAAUAGUUGUAGUCUUUCUAUUAUUAUUAAUUAUUACUAAUUAUAUUUCAUUAUUAUUAUUAUUAUUAUUAUUAUUAUUAUUAUUAUUAUUAUUAUUAUUUACAUAAACAAUCAGAAAAAAAUAAAUAUUGAAUAACAGUAUUUUUAUUUUUAUGAGUUUAUAUAAUUUUACAAUUUACUUACUAUUAAAACUCUAUCGUAUUCUUACUUAAUCCUAUUUAUGUCUUACGAUUGGUUUCUUAUAUUUGGUCUUUGGAAAAUUUUGGGAUGAAUUGAUUGUUGUGUAUAGUAUCACAUAUGGCUGGAGAAGGAGAGAGGGAGAGAAAGGGAAAGGCAGAGAGACAGGGAGAGAACGAGAAACAGAGAAAGAGGCUGAGGGAGACAGAGAAUGAGAGGGAGAGAGACAGAGAGAGGGAAUCGGGAGAGAGAGAGAUACAGAGAGACAGAGAGAAACUAAUUGUGGGCUGCGGGUGGUAUCUGACUGCUAGGUGCCGCCCUGUUGGACAGUGACAGUGAUUCGUAUUAAUUACCUACUGAGGGAAGGCCCGGUAGGAUGAAUUGAAGAGGGUAAAGGGAGGGAGACAAGGAGUGAGAAAGGUAGGAAGAGAGGGAUGAAGGGAGGAAGAGAGAAGAGGAGAGAGAGGGAAUGAGAGAAGGGAAGUAGUUUGGAAGUGCAAAGGGGUAUUACCUGCUCAGUCUGUGAUGUUAACAAAACUAUCCUAUAUGAUAGCCAGUGGGAGUAAAGGUGAGAACGAAAAACAGAAGGGGAUUAGAGAAACUUGGAAGAGAAGAGAGAGGAGAGAGAGCGAGAGAGAGAGAGAGAGAGAGAGAGAGAGAGAGAGAGAGAGAGAGAGAGAGAGAGAGAGAGAGAGAGAGAGAGAGAGGAGAGAGAGA